AUGGCCGCCGCGGCACCGAGCAUCGCCAGUCCGUUCAUAGCUCUCGGCGUCAUCGCGUGCAUCGGGGCGCUCGGCGCCGUCAUCUGCGCCAGCAAGGACUCCGCCGCCGCCGCCGCCGUCGGGCGGCCCCAGCAGGGGGGAGGGGGCGGCCAGCAGCAGCGGGGCCCGGGCCCGGACCCGUGGGGCGACGGCGACGUGGAGCUCUGCGCCAUCUGCAAGGCGCGGCUGGCGGAGGCGGGGUGGGGCGGGCGGCGGCGGCUGCGGCCGUGCGGGCACGUGUACCACGCGGACUGCAUCGGCCUGUGGCUCCAGCGCCGGUGGACCUGCCCCGUGUGCCGGGCCGACGUCCUCCUCUCGCCCACCGAGAUCAUGGACGCCAUGGUGUGA